CAUGCUGCAGAUGAAAGAAUUCGACUGGAAGAACUUCGUAGAAAGGUGUUAUCUGAGGAAGGGAAGACAGUUACCUAUCUAGAUGCUGAACAAGAGCUGGUCCUUCCAGAGAUUGGGUAUCAGUUACUGCAUAACUAUGCUCAACAGAUGAAAGAUUGGGGAUGGAUCUGCAAUAUUCACAAUCAAGGAAUUUGAAUCUCCUUCAUCAGCGGCCAACUAUUGUGACACUUCUUGCAGUACCUUGUAUUCUAGGUGUCAAUUUAUCUGAUGUAGACCUUUUAGAAUUUCUUCAGCAGCUUGCUGACACAGAUGGAUCAUCAACCGUACCUCCUGCUGUUCUUCGAGUCCUCAAUUCCAAAGCAUGCAGAGGAGCAAUCAUGUUUGGAGAUUCUUUGCUACCUUCAGAAUGUUCACUAAUUGUCGAAGAACUAAAGCAUACCUCUCUGUGUUUCCAAUGUGCUCAUGGGCGACCAACAACAGUCCCGCUUGUCCACUUGGAGGCAUUGCAUAAACAGAUAGCUCAGCUCAGAGUAUUGAAUGAUAAUUCAAGUGAGUCAUGGCAUGGGUUGCAUCGACAUGAAAUGAGUCUUGAACGUGCAAAUCAGCGUUUACGUGCAGCUAGAGGAUAGUGUUCUGUAUAUGUAAUUGAGACAUUCAUUCAAUGUAAAUUCAUUAUCAUUCUUUUUUCCAGUUUAUAGCUUUAUCCUUAUACGAUGAUUCAUCCUGUAAUAACAGAUUUUGUAUGUAAUAAAACAUAAUUUCCUCUCUUCUGUUUCUUGUUAA